AUGGAGGAGAAAGAUGUCAACGGCAAUCAAUACUACCUCCCGAAGGAUUCAAAAUUAAGGAAGUCGGACGAUCGACGCGAAAUUAAUUUACUACAUUACAUCUACGCCCAGAAAAACCUCGAUGAGAUUAGAGGGUCUCCUGAGAAAGUUCUGGCUCUAAUAGAUGAGUUUGGAAGGAAUAAGGCUUUCUUGAUGAAUGUGGGCACAUACAAAGGCAAGAUCGUCACAGAUAUUAUUGAGGAAAUCAAGCCGCAAACCAUGAUUGAGUUAGGCGGAUAUGUCGGCUAUUCUGCUAUUUUAUUUGGGAAUGCCCUACGCAAUAUAGGCGGUAAACGAUACUACAGCCUGGAAAGAAAUCCUGAGUGCGCUGCUGUGGCUACCAUGUUGGUGGACCUGGCUGGCCUACGAGAUAUCGUUACGAUUCUUGUCGGAAAUAGUGAUGUCGUGCUGCACAAACUGUGUACAUCUGGCACACUUACUAAAAUUGAACUAAUGUUUCUCGAUCAUUUCAAAGCCGCCUAUGUGACGGAUUUGAAGCUGUGCGAGCAAUUGAAGAUGAUAGUUCCAGGGACUGUUGUUGCGGCUGACAAUGUGAUUAUUCCUGGAAACCCCGUCUAUCUCGAAUAUGUACGCAGCAGCGUCCCCGCAAAGAGAGAGAUGGCGCAGAAUCCUUCAAGCGGCUACAAAAUAUUCUCUCCACAGAUUAUUUCUUGGUAUGCGAAUAAGGAGGAGAAGCCCACAUUUGAUGCUGUGGGCAAUCCGAACUUGGUCUACGAGACUAGGUUGUUUGAAAGCAUUGAGCCAACUGGAGAGAUUGAUGGAGUUGAAGUUACGCGCUGCGUUGGCAUCGAGGAGUGA